GUACACAAUAAAACAGACUGUACGGACCAAGGGUACAAUUGGACAAAUGCAAAAAUCAACUUUGACAACGUUCUGGCUGCAUACCUGGCUCUGUUUCAAGUGGCCACUUACAAAGGUUGGAUUGAAAUUAUGUAUGAUGCAGUCGACUCUACUGAAGUUGGCUUUCAACCCAGAACUGAAGGAAACACCUACUAUUACAUCUAUUUUGUCAUGUUCAUUGUAUUUGGUUCUUUCUUCACACUUAACCUCUUCAUUGGUGUCAUCAUUGAGAAUUUUAACACGCAGAAGAAGAAG